CUCAUUAGAAAAAUGAAAGUUUUACUGUACAUCUUCGGUCUUCUCGUUUUCAGUUUUGGGACUCAUGGUGACUCAAUAUAUCAAUUCCCGGAUGACUUCCUAUUCGGAACCGCUGCAGCUGCUUACCAAAAUGAGGGAGCUUGGAAUGUUAGUGGAAAGGGACCUAGCAUCUGGGAUACUUUUACGCAUCUACAUUCAGAGUUUGUAGUAGACCAUAGUAAUGGGGACGUUGCUUGCGAUGCUUACCACAAAUUUAAAGAAGAUGUUCAAAUUUUGAAAGAAUUGGGAGUAAAAUUUUACAGAUUUUCAAUAGCUUGGACAAGAAUAUUUCCAACAGGCCUACCACAUAAUCCCAAUGCUGAUGGAAUAGCCUUUUAUAAUGCCCUUUUAGAUGAAUUACAAAAGAAUAGUAUAAUUCCAAUGGUUACAAUUUUCCACUGGGAUGUUCCACAACCUUUACAGAAUUUAGGAGGAUUCAUGAACCCAAAAAUGAUAGAUUACUACAUUGAAUAUGCUCGGGUUGCUUUUGAAAACUUUGGUGAUCGCGUGAGAUAUUGGAUAACUUUCAAUGAGCCAAAACAGUUUUGUCAGGAAGGCCAUGGAGAAGCGUAUUAUGCCCCGGCAUUAAAUAUGUCUGGAGUAGCGGAUUACUUGUGUGGCCAUAAUUUAUUAAGAUCUCAUGCGGCAGCGUACCAUCUUUACAAUGACAUUUAUCGACCUCUUUUUGGUGGUGAAAUCGGAAUUACAUUAAACGGACUUUGGUUUGAACCAAGUAACCCGCAAGAGGAAGAAGCUGCUGAAAGAAUGAGACAAUUCUAUCUUGGAUGGUGGGCGCAUCCAAUAUUUACAGCUGAAGGAGAUUAUCCUCCAGUAAUGAAGGAAUAUAUCGCAAAACGUAGUGCGCAGCAAGGUUUUAGAUGGUCACGCUUGCCAGAGUUUACAGCUGAAGAAGUUGAGUAUAUUAAAGGUAGUGCUGAUUUUUUGGGUUUCAACCAUUACAGUACUUUUUUGGCUGCCAACGCAGAGAAUGAUGACCUUACCAUCUCAUUUGCAAAUGAUCAUCAGGUUAAAACGUUCUUGGAUCCCAGUUGGCCAAAGGGAGCCUCAUCUUGGCUAUCGGUGGUUCCAUGGGGAUUUAGAAAAUUUUUGAAAUGGCUUCGAGACAGUUACGACAAUCCGUAUAUAGUAGUGACGGAGAAUGGUUAUUCUGAUUUAGGACAAAUCCAUGAUGCAGAACGGGUAUCUUACUAUGGGCAAUAUUUAGAAGCUCUUCUUCAAGCCAUAUACGAAGAUAAUGUUUCUGUUAUAGCAUAUGCUGCUUGGACAUUAAUGGAUAAUUUUGAAUGGUUUGAUGGAUAUAAAAGCCGUUUUGGACUUUACUACGUCGAUUUUUCUAGUCCCAAUCGUCCAAGAAUAGCUAAGGAUUCUGCAAGGUUCUACAAGUACGUAAUCGGAAACAACACUGUCGUUCCAUACAAGAAAGUUAACUGAGAAAGGACAAAUGAAACUACGAUAUGUAAAAGGAUUCUCAAUUUUCAUUACCUUUUUGUUUAAGUCACGAAGAAUAAAAACUCUUUUCAUUUGA